CUUUCUUUUUUAUUUCUUUGAUGUAAACAAGAGUACUUCCUUAAACACAACGAUUUCGAUUUCGAUUUUGUGCUGGUCUUUUAUUUUCUCUUUUGCCCAUAAAAAAAUAGCAGUUUUGACAUCGGCUACCAUUCAUCUCGCUUGGCGGCUCAAUUUUCCCUAUUUCAUUUCUUCUCUGUUUUCUUGGAUUUGGAAUGAAACGGAACCCUUGCCUGCUUUGAAAUCCCGUUUCUUUCUGUUCGGUUUCCGAUGGAAGUUUGUCAAUGUUUUUAAUCACUCUCCCUCUCUGUCUCUUUCAUUUUUCCCUUCGAGUAUCGCAUUCUAUGCAGCCAUUUGAAAUAUGUCCGGAGAAGUAGACCAUGCGUUCCUUCGAAUCCCACGGGUUUUUACUUUGAAUUUCUCCAUAUUGUAAAAAACCUUUCGAUUGUAUUUUAAAUUUAAAUAUCUUACGGUAAUAUUGCUCCCCACUUGGUUAUGUUUGGAUCUUUGCGUUCCUGCCUUUUUCUUGGCGGCUCAACAGAGAUGCUUGACUCUUCCGCGCCUUUUAUGGCCGGACAAGUAUAGUUAUUAGGGGAACAAAAAGAAAAUUAUUCAUCGUUACUCUGCAUCUCAGUGUGCAUUUAUUACUUUUGUGGCCAUUUCUCUAUCAUGGUAUGUUGCUUUAGUGAUAUGCUAAGUCGAGCUUUUAGUUAGCCUGGUUGAGGUACUCGGUCAUUGGAAAUGCUAUGAAUUUAAGCCGAUUUAAAAAUGUUUACAGUUGUAUCAUCUUUUGAUUUUGACAGCCAUGCCGACCUUUACUGCAAUAGCGUUUGAUACAUUGAUAGAGCCUAAAGCUUCUAAAUCAGUCGAUAAAUCUGCCCCGUCUUCCAUGCCUGUUCCCAACACUAAACUGGAGAGGAGAAGCAGUGUGCCACCGGCCACAAAAAAGAAGGCUCCUCGCCCUCCAUUAAAACCAGCACUCUAUGCCACUCCUGAGGUGACACCAGUUCCAGAUUCACCCUCAUCAUUCCCUCCUUCUCCCUACAUUGUCAAUCACAAACGUCGAGGGCCACGCCUUGUCAAGAGUUUUUCUGAGGCCAGCGUAUUAAAGCAGAAGAUUCCAGAUGACGAAAAGGAUGAUGGUUUACAGAAGACCUCAGACACUGUGGUUGUUAGCUCAGCUGGUGACCUGCAAGUCACUUUCUCACAUCCUGAGCCUGUUAAGGAGGAGCGAACUAAUGGUUUUCAUGACAGUGCACCUAGAAGCAUCAACACUGAUGACCUUCGCACUGGAUGCAGGGAAGCUGGAAGUAGCAGCAGUACAAAUGGGUCACUCAAGGAGAGUAAUAUACCGAAGGUGUUGGCGAAUAAUUCUGAAAGAGAUGUAGAGGGUGAAGACUUCUUUGAUCCGCAAGAUUCAAUGAGUUACACUAGUAAUACAGAUGGAGAAGAUAAUACUGGGCCUGAACACUCUCUAAAGACCCCUACUCCUCAAGGGGAGUUUUUUGAUGCUUGGGAAGAACUAUCUGAAGGCGGGCCUCAGGCUUCUCCAUCUCCAUAUAAUGCUGAAGCUGAAUUGCGUGAAAUGAGGUUGAGUCUGUUGAUGGAGAUAGAAAAGCGGAAGCAAUUUGAAGAAUCCCUUAACAGCAUUAGAAGUCAAUGGGAGAGUGUUAGACAAAGGUUGUCUCAUGUAGGCAUAGUCCUUCCUGCUGGGAUUAUAUCUGCGGCUGAGGGACAACAGCUGAAUUCUGAUCCUGUCGGAGAUCUGUGUGAACAAGUUAAUGUUGCUAGGUUUGUAUCAGACGCCAUUGGGAGGGGCAUUGCCAGGGCUGAGGUGGAGAUGGAGAUGGAAGCUCAAAUAGCUUCUAAGAACUUUGAAAUAGCUCGUUUGUUGGAACGUCUCCAUUUUUAUGAGAUGGUGAAUCAAGAAAUGUCACAGAGGAACCAAGAAGCAGUAGAGAUGGCAAGGCGUGAGAGGCAAAGGAGAAGUCGGAGGCAGAGAUGGAUUUGGGGCUCUAUUACUACUGCUAUUGUGCUUGGUGCUGCCACCAUAGCGUGGUCUUAUAUCCCCAUGGGAAAAUCGUCAUCUUCUACGUACCAUGAUCAGGCUUCUGAGCAUGGGGAUGCAGCCAAGUAACAUACAUCCAUCAGCACUAACUGUAGCGCCGUUUGAUGUUAGGAGAGGAAUAAAGAGUAUACAUGCCACUAUGUGGUUGACUUUCGUCAGUUGCAAUUUUCCGCAUCCGGAGCCUUUGCAUCUAGUAUGUAAGUAGGGCCUCGCACAGAAUAUCUAGGUGAUAGUGUACUGAAGUGGCUCAGUUGAUGUUGAGAUAUUCUGUAAGUUGUGCAUUUCUGCCAGCGAGCUUAGAUGUGCUUGCGUAAAUGUUUGGUUUUUUUGUUACAUUGCUAAGGCAUGUUGAUGAUGGGUCAUUUAAGCUCGUGCUCUCGUGAGCAUUUUUAUACAGCAAAAGAGGAUUUAAUCAAUGAAAUAGGAAGGGGGAUAUAGUCCUUGUGCCUCGAUGAGUGGUGGGAUGAUGCCUACGAUUCUUGUGUGUUUCUGUGCUGUCGUGGUCAGCCUCAGUAACGACCAUGAUCCUUUCGUUCAAUUUAGGGUUGCAACAGUGUUGUGCCAUGGCUAUGCCCUGAUUAAGGGAAGCUAUAUCUACUCUUGUUAUGUGCGUUCCGAGCGCCAUUUGGGGCACUUUUCGCACUA